AUGCCCAGCUACAUAACCUACCGUCAGUCCUUCGCUCACAGUCCAGCCAAACGACGAAGAGUCGGCGGAGCUUCCAACAAUGGCUUUGCAAGCCAGGGAGGGGAGUCAGAAGAGCGACGCGGUCUCAUGUCCGCCGGAGCCUUCGAUGAUGACGGAGAUGCUGUCAUCGAAAUGGACUUGCUUCCCCCGCGAUGGAUCGACAUACAAGACGAGGUCACGGAAUUACUGGGGGCUAUAGCUAGGAAAGGGGCCGGGCUCGACAAGCUGCACCAGAAACAUGUCCUCCCAGGAUUUGAUGAUGAGGAAGUUAAGGCUCGUGAGGAGCGGGCAAUUGAGAAAAUGACGCAAGAGAUUACUAGGAGCUUCCAUGACUGUCAGAGUGCCAUACAGCGGAUUGAGAUGAUGGUUCGAGAGGCGAAAAGACAGGGCGGCGUCAGUGCCGGAGACGAGACCAUGGCGAGGAAUAUACAGAUCAACCUGGCGGGAAGGGUGCAGGAGGCUAGUGCAGGGUUUCGGAAGAAGCAGAGCAAUUAUCUGAAGAAACUCCGCACCCUGGGCGGUCUGACAGCACCCAUCAGCUCCCCCUCUUUCACCCAAACCAGCUCUUUCGCCGCAGACCCUUCGUUCAUGGAAUCCGAGACCGACAAGUCCUUCUCCCAAAGCACGCUCCAGCAGACUUCUCUCAAGAAAUUCAACACUAAUGACGUAGCCAUCGCCCAGCGCGAGAAAGAAAUCAACGAGAUUGCCCAAGGUAUCAUUGAAUUGGCGGAUAUCUUCAAGGAGCUACAGAGUAUGGUGAUAGAUCAGGGCACGAUGCUUGAUCGUAUAGACUACAAUAUCGACAACAUGGCUGUCAAUGUCAAAGAGGCGGACAAGGAGUUGAAUGUCGCAACAAAUUACCAGCGCAAAUACACUAAGCGAAAGAUCCUCUUCCUGCUAUUCCUACUUGUUCUCGGCAUGUUCAUCUUCCUCCUCGUCAAGCCAAAGCGAUCUGGCAAUCCGCCGCCAUCACCAGCACCAGUUGAACCGCCGAGUCAGGACCAAGCCGAUGGAGCUGGAGGUGACCAAUUCGAGGCAGCCGGAGGUGAUCCCAUCGGCUCGUUGGGUCAGGCGAGGCCGCAACCCGUAGACCCGCCUGAGCCGCCGGAUGUGGUGUUGCCCAAUAAUGCGGGAGUGGGAUAA